UUUAAUUCGAUACAUUUUUUUUCCUCGCACGAGCUUGCCAGCAUCACAAAUUAACUUCCAUAUAGUGUAUUCGUCUCCACACAUUCUUUCGCGCAAGCUCCACAAGAGGAAACCCAAAAACUAAGAAACACGUAGCUCAAAAUAGUAUUAGAGAGAAACAAAAUGGCGACCAAAACGACUUCCUCGACGAUGCGUUUUCCUUCUCGCAGCUUUCUGUUGAUUGCUCUCAUCAUCGUAUUCCCAUCCUGCAUCUCCGCCAGGAAACUACUCCAGGAACAAGAGUACUCCUCGCCGGCGCCGGCCGCUGCAGAAAGUGGAUAUGGUGACGACGAGAACGGUGGCGAUGACGGCAGCAAGAGCGGGGUCCAAGGGAGCGAGUCGCGGCACUCCGGGUCAGCCAACGGCGAUAAGUCUCCGACCGGCCAGACAGUCGUGAUGCCGCCGCCGACGGCCAGGACGGAGGUUUCAUACAACACUCCCAGCCAAUCGGCUAGCAGCGGGAAUUCCGGCGGCGGUUACAAUUCGGGAGGCGGAUACAACUCCGGCGGCUAUAAUUCUGCCGGCGGAUACAAUUCCGGCGGCGGGUACAAUUCGGGAAGCGGAUACAAUGCUGGCGGAUACAAUGCUGGAGGCGGAUACCGACCGGGCUACAACUAUCCACAAUAUCUGUUGAGAAAACAAAGACAGAAUCAAAAACGGACACAGAAUUUACGUGGUAUCCCUGGAAAUUUCCAGGACUAAUCCACGGGAGA